AUGUACUCUCUGCGCAUCUCCGUGCUGUCUGCUCUGGUUCUCUCUCGACUUGCUUCUGGUGUCGCCGUGAAGCGGCCUGGUGCUAAGAAAGAUGUUGUCCUCAACAUCGUCAACACCCACCUGGCACCCGAUGGCUUCGAGAGGAGCAUGAUCACUGCCAACGGAACUUACCCGGGUCCUCUGAUCACGGCCAUCAAGGGCGAAACGCUCAGUAUCACGGUCAACAAUCAGCUGACAGACCCCACGAUGCGUCGAAGCACCUCCCUCGACUUUGACGGGAUUUUUUUCAAUACUUCAAACGCAUAUGACGAAGGUACUCCCUUUGUGACGACAUGCCCUAUCGCCCCGAAUACUAGAUACACAUACGACGUUCCGCUUGGUGACCAAACGGGAACCUUCUGGUAUCAUUCCCAACUCAGCGUCCAAUAUGUUGAUGGUCUACGUGGACCCUUGAUCAUUUACGAUCCCGAGGACCCUCUGGCGCAUCUAUACGAUGUGGAUGAUGAGUCAACGGUGCGUGAUCACUGGCACAAUUCCACACUUCCGAUGCUUGCAGGCUAUGAAGCGACGGGAAUCGUCCCUGUCUCUGACAGCGGUACUGUCAAUGGAGCGGGCCGCUUUAAUGGCGGCCCAGCGGUCCCAUUCGCUGUCACCCAUGUAACUCCCGGGAAGCGUUACCGUCUUCGCCUCAUCAACGAGUCUGCUCGCAACGUCUUCACCGUUUCCAUCGAUGACCACAACCUCACCAUCAUUGAGACAGAUGGUGUCGCCACGAAGCCUCUCGUCGUUGAUCAAUUGGAACUCCUUGCCGGCCAACGUUACUCCGUCAUUCUUCACGCCGAUAAACCCGUUGGAAACUACUGGAUCAACGCUCCAUUUGUUGGCGGAAAUCCCGCUCGCAAUCUGAACCAAAACUCAACGCUUUCGCGCGGUAUUUUACGCUAUGCAGGGGCUCGAGCCGAUGAUCCUGAGACGCCAAUGACUGCUGGGCCUCAGAAUGCAGUCGUUCUCAACGAGGCCAACCUUCGUCCUCUGAUAGCGCAACCACCCCCGCCAGCAGAUGUCAACAUUACUCUCAAUCUUGCAGUGACGGCGGGCAAGGCUCAGUGGAAUGUCAACAACGUUUCGUAUCUUCCACCUCAAACUCCUACCUUAAUCAAGAUCUUGGACGGCGCCACCGACGAUGCGGACUUCAACAUCACCGAGAACACUUUCAUCUUGCCGGCUCAUAAAACUAUUCAAGUCGACUUCCCUCCCAACGACGAUGACGAAGCGCAUCCGUUCCACCUUCACGGAAACAAUUUCUGGGUGAUCAAAUCCAACAGCUCCGAGGUGGUCAACACGGUCGACCCGAUCAUCAGAGACGUGGCCGGCGUCGGUGCGGCAGGGACUACUCUGAGGUAUCGCUCUUUGCGCAUCAAUUUUGAUUCCAGCCCUUGGUUCUUCCACUGCCACAUCUUCUGGCAUAGGCAAGCGGGGCUGGCUACUGUCAUGGCUUCUGGGACCGACGAGGUUCGCGCCGAUCUUCAUCCUGACGGGUCCUGGUCCUCGCUCUGCCCCGCUUACGAAGCUCUGCCUGCGGAACUUCAGUGA